UCAACAUGGCGCUCAGCCUGGUUCAGAGUGUGUGUGUGUGAAAGUGUAGUGAAAUUAUGUAUUGUAUCAAGUGAUUUUAGUGUUAAAUUUAGUGAAUAAGUGAUAAAAGUGUGCAUUAAUGCAGCGAUUACUUUAUCAUGGCUUUGGAUUUACGCUUGCAUUCUCCUGCAGGCGCAGAACCUGUUGUUUAUACAUGGCCCCUCACAUCAGGUCAUGGCUCGGACAAACACGACGGAGCCAUAGAAAUAGUAGAGACAAUAAGAUGGGUGUGCGACGACCUGCCGGAGAUGAAAGGGGCGUUAGAAAAAAACAUCCUGAGCGAUUACGACACCCAUUCUUACGAAAGCAUGCGGGCCCUCUGCGACCGUUUCAACCGCGCCAUAGACUCCGUCGUCGCUCUGGAAAAAGGAACGUCACUGCCAGCUGCACGCUUGAACAAGUAUCCGUCGCGGGGUCUGUUGAAGCACAUACUGCAGCAGACCUACAACCAGGCCGUUUCUGACCCCGACAAGCUGAACCAGUACGAGCCCUUUUCGCCUGAGGUGUACGGUGAAACAUCUUACGAGCUGGUAUGCCAAAUGAUAGACCAGAUAGACAUAGGGGCUGAGGAUGUGUUCGUGGACCUCGGCUCCGGAGUGGGCCAGGUUGUGCUCCAGAUGGCAGCCGCUACUCCGUGCCGGGUCUGCUUCGGUGUGGAGAAAGCGGAGGUGCCAAGCAGAUAUGCUGAGAGCAUGGAUUUGCACUUCCGUAUGUGGAUGAGGUGGUACGGCAAAAAGUACGGCGAGUAUAAACUGAUAAAGGGGGACUUCCUAAUGGACGAGCAUAGGGAGAAGAUCAACUCGGCGACGAUAGUGUUCGUCAACAACUUCGCGUUCGGGCCCCACGUAGACCACCAGCUCAAAGAGCGAUUCGCUGACCUCAAGGACGGCGCCAAGAUUGUCUCGUCCAAGAGCUUCUGCCCGCUCAACUUCCGCAUCACCGACCGCAACCUCAGCGAUAUAGGCACCAUCAUGCACGUCAGCGAGAUGUCACCCCUCAAGGGCUCCGUCAGCUGGACGGGGAAACCCGUCUCCUACUACCUGCACAUUAUAGAUAGGACUAAAUUGGAGAGAUACUUUCAAAGACUGAAAAAUCCGAAACUCAAGGUCAGCAAAAGGGGUUGUCAGGAGGAGGGUGAGGGCAGUAAGCGGAAUUUGAGCGCGCCGCCGACGCGUCAGCCGACCCCGGACCUGCUGAACGGCAAUAGCAACCACAGCACCGGCUCGCUGCCCGAGCGACGCCGCAAGGUUGCGAGAACCGCGAGACCCAUCAGAGGCGAGAAUGGUCGAACGCGUCGCGCGGCGGUGAAGCGUCGUGCGGCGCGACGGUCGAGCGACGACAGCGACGAGGAGUCGAGCGGCACCGACGACCCGCCGCCCGGCCCGGAGCCCGCGCCGCGCGAGUGGGGCGCGCCGUGGGCUUCCUCCUCUGACUCCAAUCGCAGUCGUCGCGCGACGAAGCGUAGCUCGAGCGCGAACGGCGCGCGGCGUCGAGCGGCGCGGACGAAGCGGCGGCGCGCCCCGCCCGCUCCCAUCGCCGGCCUUGACCUGCUGCACUCUACCACGCUGGCGUCCACGCUGCAUAACGGCUCCGUGACAGCGCCGCCGCCGGGGUGCGUGGAACAACGCCUGUCGGCUCUCGGGGCUUUGCAACCGGCGGAGCGUCUCCACACGGAGCUGGACAUCCCGCGCGCGCCCGCCGCGCCCUACUCGCUGCAACUGCUGCUGGAUAUGCUGCGAGACCAGUACCUGGCGCUGAUAGCCCGUAUGCCCACGCCCGAGUACGCGGCUGAAGUGAGACAGCAGAUACACCGCGAACGGGAGAGAAAUCAGAAGUUGAAAUCACGCGCUUCACAACUGGACAAGCAGAUCAGCGUUCUCAUUAGUGACAGCGUUGCUCUUCUGAAGGCGCGCAUGAGUGAGCUCGGGAUACACGCUAACAAUACUGUCGACUUGCUGGCGAAGGCCAAGGAAAUAGUCGGCCGACACAAGGAGUUGCAGAGCAAAGCGAGCAAACUGCAGGCACAGGUAAACAACAUAGAAGCGGAGCAAGCGUUACUCGUGAAACAGCGCACGUUCGAGAUAACGGAGAAGUACAGACAACUCGGCCACAUACCACCCGACGUGGAGAUUACGCAGAACAUCGCGCAGGACUGCAUACUGAAGGAGAUAUCCGCGACAUUGGCGCAUCGGAAGAGGCUGCACGCCCAGGUUGGCCACCUACAGAGCGAGAUCGUCCAAAUAGAGCGGGCGGGGGAGCAGAAAGUACCCCCCUCCACGGUCCCUGUAGCCACAGUUAAGCCGCACAGCGUCAACUCCAAGCCGCGGAAAUCCCGCGAGCACAGAUCUCGCUCGCAGGACUGGCCCGACGUACCGGAUGUGGGCAAGAUCGAAGAGCAGAAUCCCGAGAUACUCGCACAAAAAAUACUCGAGACCGGCCGGCAGAUUGAGGCGGGGAAGAUAUCGAAGCCGAACGUCAUCGUCAACGGAUACGCGAGGGAGCACGAGCGACAUCCGGAUUAUAGACAAAAAGUGGCUCAAAUGAACCGCGCGCAAGGUCAACUCCCGCGGCCCGGCCAACCGUCGCCAUUAGCGAGGCAAUCGCCGGUCAAGUCGCAGAAACCGCUCAACGUUGUGGCCAAAGUGCAGGAGUCGCCGAAAGUCAUCAACUUCGAGGACAGGCUGAAGAGCAUAAUAACGUCGGUGCUGAACGAAGACCAGGAGCAAAGAAAGGCGUCGCGACUAGAGCCAAGGCAACCGGUAGCCAAUCACGCGUACGGAAACGGGUACGUGCGGCCGGGCGUGCCGGCGGGCGGGGUCAACCCCUCGCACGCGUACCCGCAGCGCCCACCCCCCACCAACGCGCCUUCGCCGUACGCGCGUGCCAUGCGGGACGUGCGUGAUAUGCGGGAGAUGCGAGACCCACGUGACAUGCGGGACAUGCGAGACGCGCGUGACAUGCGAGAUAUGCGUGACGUGCGGGAGAUGCGGGACGCGCGUGACAUGCGGGACCCACGUGACAUGCGGGACAUGCGCGACGUCCGCCGCGAGCGGUACGCGUACGAGCGGAACUCGCGGCCCCACUCGCACAUGGACGCGCGCUCCGCGGAGCUACGUCAUCACGCCUCGCAGCCAGAUUACACGCAGGUGUCACCAGCAAAAUUAGCACUUCGGCGUCACCUCUCACAGGAGAGACUCGCGACGCCGGCGCCGGCGCGGACCAUCGGCGACCUGGUGAACGGCGAGAUCGAGCGCACCCUCGAGAUAUCCAACCAGAGCAUCAUCAACGCGACCGUCAACAUGAGCGCGCGAUACCACGACACGCACCCGCACCCGCAGAAUGCCGCGCAGACGCAGCCGCAGCCGCAGCCGAACCAGCCGCUAGAAGGUCUGGCGGCGUGCCUGCAAGCGCGCGUGCUCGCGUCCGAGUACUGGCGGGGGCGAGCGGGCGGCGCGGGCGGUGCGGGGGGUGCGGGCGUGGCGGGGGCGAGCGAGGAGGAGCGGCGGCGCGGGGAGCGGGGGGAGGGGCGCACGCCGCCCGCCGACCCGCACUCCAACACGUCCACGCCUCUCGUCGAUGAGCUACCCGACGGCGCGCGCCCACCAGAAGGAGAGGGCGGUGAAGAGGUGGAGGAGAGCAAGUGGCAGGACCGGAUCGCGUUUCGCUUCGACCAAAUAAUAUCGUUCGCGUCCACCGCCAUAGAGGACAAGCGGCGGCGCUCGGACGAAGCGUGCAACACGUCGCCGGACUCCGGCAUCGGGCACGGCGUGCCGGAGCCGGCCGCGGCGCCCGGUGCGCCCUCGCCGCAGCCCGCCCACUUCAAGAAGCGUUUCUUCCGCCGCGAGCGAUGGGCCGGCGCCGGCGCGUGGGCCGGGGCGCCGCCCCCCGCAGUCGAGUGGGAGCGCCCGCCCGUGUGACACCGCCCCGCGCCCUGCCCUUCGAGCGAACGUUUCACAUUCAAAUGUAGCUCGUCGAGAGUUUUUUGUUUUUUAGCGUUUCGUUUUACGUUAUCGUGUCAAUUCACACUUCGAUGACCAAAUUAAUAUAGCAAAACGUUUAGUUUCUAUACAUAGGACCACGUAGGGACGCGUCGGCUCGACGGAGUCGCCCUGGCCGCACUGGCUCGACCGGCUCGCGUCUACGAACGAAGAGUGGCUUACGAUUACGUAUAUAAUAUCUGUCGUUCGUCGAUGCGGGUUUUUUUAUUUGUUAUUUUUUUUUCGAAUAAUAUGUAAUUAUGUAUAUUAUUGAGUUUACAUUACGUUAAGUGCUGUAAUUAUUUAAACUAGAUUAACGCGGUCGCUCCGGACGGGCGGGCGACGCGGCGCCGCGGUGUCGUAUCUCAUGUGUUCAUUUAGCUCUUAGUGGAGGUACGCAGGCCGCCGGCGCGCGCCGCUCCGCCGGAUCGUCCGAUGGAUGUUUGUUGUUUUGUGUUUCGUUUUCGGUGUUACUGAGAGCUCACCUGAAUAAUGAGUAUCGUUUCCUUGGGGCCGUCGUUGUAAGUCGUGUAUCGAGAGUUGCAUGUGUA